AUGAGCAGCGCAGGAGAGCAAGCUACUGCUCGUGUGCCGGCAAAUGAGGGUGAAAAGUCUAUUGAUUCUGAUUUGCCACAGAUUGACUUGUGGCAGGAUUUUAAGGAUGCCACGAGGUACCUAAUUUUCAAUCCAGAGGCUAAUCAUAUUAUUAUGCCUCUGCUAGUGGUUAUUGAGAGCUUAGCAUUGAAAUGGAUAAUUUAUAACGUCCCUUAUACUGAAAUCGACUAUCAAGCGUACAUGGAACAAAUUUGGACUAUACAGAGUGGUGAAAGGGAUUACUCCAUGAUCGAAGGUUCAACAGGGCCCCUAGUGUAUCCUGCUGGACACGUGUGGAUCUACCGAAUUAUGGAGAAGAUAACGUCAGGAAUGGAUAAUCUUAAGGCUGGUCAGCAUAUCUUCAGACACCUGUACAUCGGCACUAUGAUACUGCAAAUGAUAUGCUAUGUCAUGUUGGAAAUCCCACCGUGGUGUGUUGUUUUGGCCUCAUUAUCGAAACGAUUGCACUCUAUCUAUGUACUGCGACUAUUCAAUGACUGUUUUACCACGUUUUUUAUGACUUUGACUGUCCUUUUACUUCUGAUUUCGGCUCGAUUCCAACGGAGAUUCAUUUGCUUACCGGCCAGCAUCACUUAUGCAAUUGCGAUAAGUAUAAAAAUGAACGCUCUUACUUAUCUUCCAGCGGUCUUAUUAUCAAUAUUUCUACUCACAGGCGGGCAAAUUCUCGAAACCUUGCUUUGCAUUGUGAUCAUAGAUGGUUGGCAAUUAUUUAUUGCUCGAGACUUUCUUAAAGACUACGCUCCCGAGUACUGGACAACAGCUUUCAAUUUCGGUCGUAAAUUCAUGUACAAGUGGACUGUCAACUGGCAGUUCCUUGAUGAGGACGUAUUCCAAAAUGAAUUAUUUCAUCGCACUCUGCUUGUGUCUCAUGCACUGGUCCUAUUGUUAUUCGCUUUCACUCGGUUCACAACUCCUUUACAGGUGAAAUCCGGCUUGAAGUCGCUAAUUCAUCCUUUCUCAAGAGUGACCCGCUCUUUCGUGCCUUCGCCUAAAAGCAUUGGUUAUGCACUCAUCAUGACCAAUUUCGUGGGUAUUGUUUUCGCUAGGUCACUGCAUUAUCAAUUCUUAUCGUGGUAUCAUUGGAACUUGCCAAUUAUCAUUCACUGGAGCGGUCUACCUAUGUACCUUGGAAUUCCUUGGUACCUUGCUCAUGAGUGGUGCUGGAAUAGCUAUCCUCCUAACGAUAUCGCGAGCGGCCUUCUAUACUUAUUGAACAACGUCCUCCUCAUUUUGGCAUAUUUAAACUACCCAGUAAAAGUCACAAGCGACAAGAAGGAGCAGUGA